UGUGGCGAGGGGCUCGCGCGCUCUGCGUCCCGGCUGUGAGCGGCGGCGCGCGGUGGGUGUCCGGGAGCAGGCCUGCGGCGCUCAUGUCCACUCUGCUCAUCCGCCAGCCCCAGUAUGCGUGGCUGCGUUUGCUGGGGCUCCGCGAGGACAACGACGGAGUGUACAACGGACAGUGGGGCGGCCGGGGAGAGGUUAUUACGACCUAUUGUCCUGCUAACAAUGAACCAAUAGCAAGAAUUCGACAGGCCAGUAUGGCAGACUAUGAAGAAACUGUAACGAAAGCAAGAGAAGCUUGGAAAGUUUGGGCAGAUAUUCCUGCUCCAAAGCGAGGAGAAAUAGUAAGACAAAUUGGUGAUGCCUUGCGGGAGAAGAUCCAAGUCCUGGGAAACUUGGUGUCUUUGGAAAUGGGAAAGAUCUUAGUGGAAGGUGUGGGAGAAGUUCAAGAGUAUGUGGAUAUCUGUGACUAUGCAGUUGGCCUGUCGCGGAUGAUUGGAGGACCCAUCCUGCCUUCUGAAAGACCUGGCCAUGCACUCAUUGAGCAGUGGAAUCCUUUAGGCUUGGUUGGAAUCAUCACUGCAUUCAAUUUCCCUGUGGCUGUGUAUGGCUGGAACAACGCCAUUGCGAUGAUCACGGGGAAUGUCUGUCUCUGGAAAGGAGCUCCAACAACUUCCCUCACUAGCAUAGCUGUUGCGAAGAUUGUAGCCAGGGUACUAGAGGCCAACCAGCUGCCUGGUGCGAUUUGUUCCUUGACGUGUGGUGGAGCAGAUAUUGGCACAGCAAUGGCCAGAGAUGAGCGUGUGAACUUGCUGUCCUUCACCGGGAGCACUCGGGUGGGCAAACAGGUGGCCCUGAUGGUGCAGGAGAGGUUUGGAAGAAGUUUAUUAGAGCUUGGAGGAAACAAUGCCAUUGUUGCUUUUGAGGAUGCAGAUCUCAGCUUGGUGAUUCCAUCAGCUCUCUUUGCUGCUGUGGGGACAGCUGGCCAGAGGUGUACCACUGCGAGGCGACUGUUUCUGCAUGAGAGCAUCCAUGAUGAAGUUGUAAACAGACUCAAGAAGGCCUAUGCACAGAUCCGUGUCGGGAACCCCUGGGACUCUAAUGUUCUCUAUGGGCCACUCCAUACCAAACAAGCAGUGAGCAUGUUUCUUGGAGCUGUGGAAGAAGCAAAGAAAGAAGGAGGCACCGUGGUCUAUGGGGGCCAGAUCAUUGAUCGUCCUGGAAACUUCGUGGAACCCACCAUUGUGACAGGUCUUACUCAUGAUGCAUCUAUUGCUCACACAGAGACUUUUGCUCCAAUUCUCUAUGUCUUCAAGUUCAAGAAUGAAGAAGAGGUCUUUGCAUGGAAUAAUGAAGUUAAACAGGGCCUUUCAAGCAGCAUCUUUACCAAGGAUUUGGGGAGAAUCUUCCGCUGGCUGGGACCUAAAGGCUCAGACUGUGGCAUUGUAAACGUCAACAUUCCAACCAGUGGGGCUGAGAUUGGUGGUGCAUUUGGAGGAGAAAAGCACACUGGUGGCGGCCGGGAGUCUGGCAGUGACGCCUGGAAACAAUACAUGAGAAGAUCUACUUGUACCAUCAACUACAGCAAGGACCUUCCACUGGCCCAGGGAAUCAAGUUCCAAUAACAGUAUUUUAGAUUGACACCACUUAAGCAUUCUGCAGCUGCUGUGAAGACGACCAAGGAAAUUUCUCUCUGUCACUAGUUCGUGGUGAUUUUGACUAUGACUGGCUAAUCUCCAGUGAUCCUAAAGCCUUUACUAAAUCAAGAGACUUAUUUAAAAACAAAACAAAAUAAAAAAUUAAAAUGUCCUCAA